GUUUUUGCGAGUUGUAUGCAAUCCUGGGACUGUUGAAACGCAUCGGUGAUCCAUUUCGACGCUGCUAACGCUGCAACUGCGGACGCACUGCCUAAUUUCCACUCCUAAGGCCCAUAAGACACCACUCCCUGAGAGAUGCCUUCACUCGACGCCCUCUGCCUGCGCCUCACGGGCCAAACUCUGGAGGUUGUGCAGCACCAGCUGAUGGCCAUUCGAGCCAACGUCUGGUCGUGGCUGCUCGUCACGCUCAAGAUCAGGAAGCCGCGGCUGCAAUUGGCAGACUGCGACAGCAAGGCGCGCUGCAUCGUCGUGCUCUCGCCGGGCGGGCCGGAGCGGCUCGAGUUCUGGCCGCUCGACGACGACCUGGCGACGGUCGGCUACAACGUGUCCGAAGCGAUCGCGCCGCGGGACCCGCGGUCGCGGUCGCUGACGCGCGUGGCCACGCCGCCGCCGCCUGGACUCGUUGUUGUGCGAAUAACGCACUUCUCGGUCAACUAUGCGGACGUGACGAUCCGGUGGGGCCUGUACGAGAGCGCAAUCAAAUUCGUGGGUUAUCCUAUUGUGCCGGGAUUUGACUUCAGCGGCGUCGUCGAGGCCGUCGGCGACGGCGUCGACAACCUACGCGCCGGCGACGCGGUCUUCGGCAUCACAUUCUUUGGCGCGUACUCGUCGCGGCUGCUCGUGCCCGCGAGCCAGUGCCGCAAAACCCCGAAAGCGCUCACGGCCGCCGAGGCCGCUGCACUGCCGUCGGUGGCUGGCACGGCCCUCCACGCGAUGGCGCUGGCGCAGUUCUGGCCCGCGGCGCCGCCGACGCGGAACCGCGCCGUGCUCGUGCACUCCGCGGCCGGCGGCGUGGGGUCCAUGCUGGUCCAGAUGGCGAAGACGCUGGGCUGUUCUCCUGUUGUCGGCGUCGUCGGCGCGCUGCACAAGGUCGAGGCCUGCAAGGCGUGCGGCGCGGACACCGUCGUCUGCAAAGCAGGGCGUCAAGAUUGGUGGGACGACGUCGCCGCGGCGUCGCCAGAAGGCUACGCUGCGAUCUUCGACGCGAACGGCGUUUCUACCCUCCGGAACUCGUACGACGCCCUCGCGCAGACCGGAAGACUCGUGAUCUUCGGCUUCCAUACGAACUUGCCCACAGUCUCGUCGACGUUGAGCCCGUGGCACUGGCUCCGCAUGGCGAAGGGCAUGGCGUCGAUGCCGACGUUCGAGCCCAUGGACCUCGUGCUGUCCUCGAAAUCGAUCCACGGCUUCAACCUCUCGUUCUUCGCCGACGAGACGGAUUUGGUCGACGCGUACAUGGCGCAGCUCCUCGCGUGGGUGUCCGCGGGCCAGCUCCGCGUCGCGCGCGUCGAGACCUUCGCCUUCGAUAUGUUACCGGCGGCGCACGCGCUGAUCCAGGGCGGCCAGUCCGUGGGAAAGAUCGUCUGCGAGACCGCUACCUAAGAAGUUGCUGGCGGCGGCGCACGCGCUGAUCCAGGGCGGCCAGUCCGUCGGGAAGAUCGUCUGUGAGACUGUGUAAUUUCUUAGACCCCCAC